UAAAAAUAUUCCGGAUGUCUAAUAAAUAAGAUGUAAAAUUCAAAUUAUUUGAAUAACUAAUCCAAAUUAUUUUUUCAAAAAUUACACAACACGAACAGGAUUAUCUAUGCUCUUACAUUCUUAUAUUUAUAAUAACUAAAAUUAUAUUGUUAAUUUCAUUUUCCAAUAGUUUUUACUUUGUACCUAGAAUUCUUAACUUCUCUUUCGAUUGAAAGUUGCGCCAUACCUUUAGUUCAAACUGGUGUAAUAUGAGUAAAAAAAUUCAUGUAGUCGUUCAAACUGGUGUAAUGUGAGUAAAAAAAUUCAUAUAGUCGUUCAAACUGGUGUAAUAUGAGUAAAAAAAUUCAUGUAGUCUUGCAUUGGUAUUCUUGGAAAUUUACCCCUUCUUGAAAUUAAAUUUCAUAUAAUACUUUUUCUACUUUUUGCAACUUGUUACAUAACAUGCGAUCUAAUUUUGUUGUUUUAGGAACGUUUUCAACUUUCACAGGAUGUCCCCUGUUGUAUAUUAUAAUCUUUAUUGCUUCCCUUCUACCGCUAUUGUAUCGAAUGUAUAAAAGUUACAGCAGCAAAUUCGCGUUUACUAAUAUAGUAAAUUAUAUCUUUUAUACAUUGUUACUUAUGUUAACCCCAAAAAGCCGGUACGUCAAAAAACGGUUAAAACCGCAAGAUUACCGCCUUGAAAAUGAAAAAGGGAUAGACGAGGAAAAAGGAAUAGACGAGGGGGAGGGGGAGGGAAAGUGAAAGAAUUGAUCUGAAAUAUCAGAUAGUUUGAGUUUAUGACAAAAAGGGCAAAAGAGGAACACUCAACCAUUCAUUUUCCAAUAUUAAUCUCCAAAUGUUGUGGAUUUAUUAAACUUGAAAAUGAAAAACAACCACUGAUAAUUAAUCGGACACACGGUUGCUAG